CUAUGCGCCUGCGCACUGGGGCAGCGCGAGGCGGCCCCUCCGGCUCGCCGUCGCCUCCCGGCGUGCUGAGCGCGGCGCCGGUGCCCGCUGUGGCGGCGCGAUGGCGGCCCAGGCCCCGGGCUCGGACAUGUUUGAUGAGAUCGUGAUGGCCGAGGAGAGGUUUCACGGGGAGGGCUACCAGGAGGGGUACGCGGAGGGCAGCCACGCCGGGGCUGCUGAGGGUCGGAGGUGCGGGUCUCUGCACGGUGCCAAGAUCGGGUCUGAGAUCGGCAGCUACCUUGGAUUUGCACUGACCUGGCAGCAUCUGCUCCCAAAAUGUACAGAUGAAAAGAACAGUAAGAAGAUAAGGGCUCUGGAUUCAUUAAUAGGAAUGAUUCAGAAGUUCCCAUAUGAAGACCCCACUUACGAAAGGCUUCAAGAAGAUCUGGAAAAAAUCAGAGGAAAGUUUAAACAGGUUUGUUCAAUGCUAAAUAUUCGGUCUGAUUUUAGAGUCGGUACUGAAAGAUCUUCACUAACAUUUUGAAUAUAAAAGCUGAAGAUAAACACAGAUGAAAAAAGAAGUAUUAAAGAACGUAACUGGAAGAGUGUUUAUUCAUUUUAAACAAAAUCCAAGUAGCAGAGGUGCUAAAUAUUAAAGCAGUAAGGAAAAAGCACGGAA